GAACCUGCUCAAUGUCAAAAAGGGAACCUUGGUGUAUAUUUGCCAGGAUUGUGGUCAACAUUUCCCAAAGGUGUAUUUUUACAAAAAGCACAUGAAAGAAGUUCAUAAAAAGGAACCAUUUUCAUGUAAACCUUGUGGAGUAGAAUUUCAUCUCAGCAAAAAAUAUAUCAACCAUAUUUUGCGCUCACAUCAUGGACUGAGCUAUAAACAACUCUGGAAUGUGCGAACAACUGAAUGUGAAGAUUGUGAAGUGAUGAUACAAACCAAUAAUGUAGCAAGGCAUAAACAAGUUUGUCCUAGGAACAAAGAUGUGGUGAAGCCUUUUCAAUGUGAUAUUUGCGAGAAAGCAUUUUUUUACAUAUCUCAAUUAAAAGAACAUAAGGGAAGUCAUAAUCAGGAAAAUGACUUUGAAUGUGAUAUUUGCCAUAAGAAGUAUAAACAUGCUAAGGGUUUGGACACACAUAUGAAAUAUUAUCACUUGAAAUUAAAGAAAAUGAGGGAAUGUAAAACCUGUCAUUUAAAGUUAAGUUCUGAAGCUCUCCUUCAGAGACACUAUCACGAAAAACCAGAAUGUGUCACAAAUGAAACUGAAUUGAAAAAUUACACAUGUUCAGGAUGCGGAAAAGUAUUUUUUGCAUAUCAGUCGUUGGUACAACACGAAGCUCAAAUACAUUCAAUAGGUGCAAAAAGAGUUACUUGUGAAAUAUGUGGCAAAUCAUACAAUAUUGAAAAGGGUCUGAGAGCACAUAUAAAGGUAGCUCACCAAAGACAAUUAAAGUGUGUGUUUUGUGAAAAAAGAUUUGGACGUAAAAACCAGUUGGAGGCACAUUUAAACACUCAUACAAAUACCAAACCUUUUAAAUGUGACAUAUGUGAAGUGGGCUUUGCACAUUCUGGAACUUUGUAUAGACACAGAAAAGGGAAGGCUCAUUUAGAAAAACAAAAAGAAAUGACUCCAAUAAUGUAAAUCAAAAUUGACCCAUUCUCCAUUAUGAGCUAUGAAACAGAUGUAAAUAUAGUUACUCUAUAUUUCCAGUACAUGUACUUCACAAAUAAGUGACAUCAAAUGGAAUAAUUUAUGGAUGGUGUUUAGCUUUGUACUCCUAAUGGUUUUAUAGUAUAGGACUAUAGGUCACAGAGGCUACAAAGGUUAUGGCUGAAGGUCAUCAUGUAAAUAUUAUACCGAUUUGAAAUAUAUGGAGGUUUUGAAGUUUUACCACAUUUGUUCAACUUUAUGUCUUUGAAGUCUGUUAUUACAUCCCAUUUCACUGUUUUAUUGUGUCAGUAGAACCCCAAAAGUAAGAAAUCAGGAGAC